AUGAAUCGCUGGGAUGUAACGAUAUUCCUUAUUUUCUGUGCGUUACCGUCAACGAACCAACAGAUCGCAGUUCUCGUCGAGGCUUUUAACUUCAAAAGUUCGGAAAAAACUCACUUCAGCUGUUCGCGUAUUCAUAAUAUUACGAUUGGUGAAGAAGAAUUAAAAGACUGGCAUUGUAUUGGUGGAACGUUGUCCAAGCGGAAUCAAGCAGGAAUGUGGAUUAUUAUUACGAUCCCUUUCACUUUGAUCACCGAUGAAAAUCAAAUUAUUCUGGAAAUUCAGUACGAUGGUGGAACAAUCGCUGCUCCAUUUGAUCUCGAAAAAUCUAUCUAUGAACGAUUAGAGUCAUUCUCGAUUGUGAACGUGGAUUCAAUUCUUCCCACAGGUUCAUCAAUUUCAAGGAUUCUUCCAUUCGACGCUCAAAGUCAAUUGUUAACCAGUUCAACGCCAAGAUCGGCUCCAAUCAAUAUCACUAUGAGCUAUUUCCAGUAUCCAACUGAUAUGAAUGGAGGAAUAAAAUGGUGGAUGGUUUUACUGAUAAUAUUAGUUGUAGUAGAGAGUUUCCUGAUCAUCAUUCAUCUAUUGAUAGUAUUGGGUAGGUACUGCCUUAUGGUGCAUGCAUCAAAUCGUAUUACGGUGGAAAUGCGUGAACGAAGGAGUGAAAUGAUUCGACGAUUUCGUGAACAACAACUUGUAGAGUGA